AUGGCUGCAGAGGGGCCCAUGUAUGCGUUCUCAGGCAAUAUUGCUCGAAGCACAAAUGUCUCACAUUUGCAACGUCCCUACUUCCCUACUUUAGUUCACACAAGAGAUUCUCUCGUAAGUAUGGAUGGGACUUAUGCAGGGAGCAAAACCGCCAAGCCAGUAGAUUAUCCACAGUAUCCGCUGUCAUUUCCGGACCUGAGUGCGUGUCUGCCGAUGGAGACCGACAACACUCAUUUCUUGAUUCUUGAGACCCACAACCACCGAGCCCAAAAGCCCAGAACCAGCAUGCUGAGCAGCGGCAGCCUAUCGUUAGGAGCGGAGAGUACCCCAGUCCCUGGUCGUGGGAAAUUAGCUUGA